GUCAUUCGCCAUCGCACCCACGAGCCUGCACAAUGGCAGCCAACGCACUCAACAGUGUCUACAAGUGGGCAAUUCCCACUGCAGGCGUCUUAUCCCUCGCAUCGGCAUCCAUUUACGAUGUCAAGGGUGGUACUCGUGCUGUCAUCUUCGACCGGCUGCAGGGAGUCUCAAACCAGGUGGUGAACGAGGGAACACACUUCCUGGUGCCAUGGCUACAGAAGGCCAUCACGUUCGACGUCCGGACGAAGCCUCGCAACAUUAGCACAACAACCGGCAGCAAGGACUUGCAGAUGGUCAGCUUGACGCUCAGAGUGCUGCAUCGCCCCGACGUGCAGCAACUCCCCAAGAUAUACCAGAACUUGGGACAAGACUACGAUGAGCGUGUCCUACCUUCCAUCGGCAACGAAGUGCUCAAGGCGAUAGUCGCACAGUUCGACGCGGCGGAGCUCAUCACACAGCGUGAGGCGGUCUCGAAUCGCAUUCGCGCUGAGUUACUCAAACGUGCAUCGGAGUUCAACAUUGCACUGGAGGAUGUCAGCAUAACACAUAUGACCUUCGGUCGCGAGUUCACCAAGGCUGUGGAGGAGAAGCAAAUUGCACAACAGGAGGCCGAGCGCGCUCGCUUCAUCGUCGAGAAGGCUGAGCAAGAACGACAAGCAAACGUUAUCCGUGCAGAGGGAGAAUCUGAGGCCGCCGAGGUCAUCUCGAAGGCUGUUGCAAAGAGUGGCGAUGGUUUGAUCCAGAUUCGAAGAAUUGAGACGCAAAAAGACGUUGCACAGAUGCUGUCGAACAACCCGAAUGUCACAUAUUUGCCAGGUGGACAGGGUGGCGGCAAAGGGGGCAGCUUCCUACUAGGACUGAGACCAUGAGGCGUGUGAAGUUACGCAUAUGGAGGACACUGUAAAGUAAGCGGCUGACGUCGUGGCAUGACUCGUCGGCAUGGAAAAUGAAUAUACCCUUCUCUACCUACUGCACAUUUUCUACUGCACGAUGACAGAUCUAUUUGGCGUCGAUUCACAUCUCUGAACUUCCUGGCUCAAGACUCUGAGUGGUUAUCUCAGCCCAGCGUAGUCGAUACCCGAACACAGUACGCCGAAGCAUUUCGUCCCCACGAUCCUCUUCGAACAUGACCUUGUCCAUCACCUUCUCGAGUAUUUUCUCCACAACAAAACCAUCAUUCCGAGCGAGAUCGAAGAAUGCAAGAUCGUUCUGCAGCAACCAAGGUCGGUAUGGUGUGAAGAACACCAGCGCUUGUGCCUCGGGCCUUUGCUUUAGCGUCUGUCGCACACUGAGCAGGAGCUUCGCAUGCUCCGAGUGAUUGAAUAGGAGAUCAGCCAGAAUGAUCAGAUCAAAGCCAACACCUUGCUGAGAGGUAUCCCAAUGAUUAACCAGAGGCGCGGUCUCAGCUCCCCAUAGAUAGCCUUUCGCUACGAUGUCACAUGUUGCUGGUAGCGCAGCACAGUCUCUGAUGUUUGCGCGGAGAUUCUCGAUAAGAUCAGCGUCUGGAUAGUCAGUCACUACUACUUGCUUCGCGCCAUUGAUCGCACAGAUCAGACUUGGCAGUCCCGCCCCUGCUCCCAGUUCCAGGACAGUUUUGUUUUGAAGAUACUCAUCCUUAUUCGCCUCCAGAAAAUCGGCUACUGUUCGUCCUCCUUGCCAGAGGAGGUGACCCCAGAGGGGAUUUCGAGAAGUCAAGUGCAAGUGGAGGAUUUCGCCGCUAAGCGUCUUAUGCUGCACCUCUGACGGUUUGGCUUCUUCUCUAAAAUAUCCCUCGGGUUCCUGGAACCAGUCCACUGUAUCUUCGUCGCCAUCGGAGUCGGCCAUGGUCCGUCAGGUCAAGGAAUCUCUGGAAAGCGCACCGUCGGGGCCAUCAGAAAAGUCUCUCCAGGCAGCAAAAGCCGGGCCGCCAGCGCAAAGCCGACUUUCGACGGACAUCAAGAACAACAACACCGACAUCCACAACCUCAACCUCAACAACUACAACAC